AUGGCCAACAGACCACCCAUCAUGGCACCUCAUAAUGAGACGGAGCACUCAGUCACCCGGAUCACGCGGGAGGGCAAACAGCUUACAUACAAAUUGAGCGUGAUGCAACAACCAGAGCGGGCAAGAGCAUGCGGCGCAGGAGCAAAGUCAUCAGCCGACCGUCGCCCUGUUGACCCACCGCCUGUGGUUGAGUUACGCAUCUUCGAGUCCGACCCGGCUAACGACGCACAAAAGACCGAUAUCACCUUCGCCUACAAUGCCAAUUUCUUCCUCUACGCAACCCUUGACACCGCACGUCCUAUGGCCCACGGGCGGGUGGGUGGACCACAGUCGUGCCCUGUAUUGACUGGUGUGCCAGUCGCCGGGGUAGCAUAUCUCGACCGCCCUUCACAAGCAGGCUAUUUCAUCUUCCCAGACCUGUCAGUGCGCCAUGAGGGCCGGUACCGCUUAAGCUUCCACCUGUACGAAGAAAUCAAGGACCCCAAGGAUACCGACAAGGAUUCCGCCUUGCCUCUUCCCAACCAAAUACCUCUUUCCGCUGCAGCAAAGCCGGGCACCCCGCACGCGUUUCUUCAUUUCCGUCUCGAGGUCAAGUCGGUACCCUUUACCGUUUAUAGCGCUAAGAAAUUCCCCGGCCUAGCGACCAGCACAUCUCUGAGCCGUAUCAUUGCGGAGCAGGGUUGCCGUGUUCGCAUUCGUCGUGAUGUUCGAAUGAGGCGCCGGGGCGACAAGCGAGAUGAGGAUUAUGAAUUCGGCGAGGAACGCGCAGCGGCGUAUGCAAGAUCGUCGGAUCGUUUCGCGAUACCCGACAGAUACGCAGCUUCGAUAGAUCGCCCUAGGUCGAACAGCAAUGGCAGCAAUAUCGAAUCGCCCUACGGGUUCGUUCCUCCAGAUCGACGACCAUCUGCACCCGACUAUGGCUUCCAGUGCCCGCAACCCUACCAAAGACCCAUGCCACCUGCACCCCCUAUGACACACUCUCAAACACCCUCAUACCAAUCACACCUUUCAUUUGGCUCCACGCCUUCGCAUUAUCCGGCUCCUCACAUGCCUCCUACACCCCCACCAGUGGUAUCGCAAGGUAUCUACUCCCCACAGAACGCAUAUGCCCAGAUAAGACACCCAUCCAAUGCAUCCGAAUACGAAGGAACGCCCAUUGCGUAUCCGGCACCUCAAAUACCCUCGGAACGAGGAGCUUACUCCAUGUCAGGUAUGAAUUCUUAUGGCAUGGAGCCACCAAAAGCGACCUCAUACAUGGAUCCCCGCAUGGCUGAACCAGCUUUAUACCAAUACAUGUCCCAUAUUCCGGUGUCACGUCCUCAAACACCGACCUUGGUCCAGGCCACCCCGUCUCUCAAGCCCUUACCAAAUGAAUAUGCAAACCACAUUGUUCCUUCUGUGGAAAGCACUUCACCCGGCGGUAGCGGCGGUGGGUAUGACAACGUUAGGGGGAAGCGUAUGGUGUACCAAACUGGGCCAACUUACGGCAAAAGGAGCCAUGAAGAUACUUUCGGCCUUGAUGAACGAUCAAUGCAGAAUGGCAUGCGGCCUGACACCGAGCCUUAUCCGGGUUAUCGCGAUUUCUCAGGAGAAAGUCGCGCUGCACUUAUGGCGGAAAUGGGCAUUGAGUUGGCGUACAAGCGUGCCAACGGCAAAAUGCUGCAAAGCGCCCGCGACUCCAAAAUGGAAAUGGAGAUAGACAUCGACCCAAGCCCCGCACACCAGCGCUCCUCCCGCAAGCACCUACGAUCCAGCGACGACGAUGACUCGGAUUGGAGCUCAGAUAUCUCUGGACAAUUCGACGAUGCCGAAGAGGCGCAAGCAGAUGCAGACGGCCACCGAUCGCCGGCAGCGAAGCUGAGCAAACGACGUCGCUCGAACGACUGGCCGUUGCCCGAAGAAGCCGCUGAUUACGGAUCCCAUGAGCGCCGCACCCAACGCGGUGAAAACGGGAGUCUCAACGUGAGCGCGAAUGGCGCAGGCUACAAGGUUUCGCCCCGCGCUUCACCUCGUGGCUCGCUGGCUUCGCUGCGCGCUCGUCAUGCCGCGGCAUCUGCUUCCAGCCCGCGCCGCCCCAGAGGACGGACAUCGCGAUUCAUUGAAGCGACUAUGAGUGAUAGUGUCAGCGAAAAGCCACCCAGUAUCUACCUCCAGGAAAACAAACAGGCUGGCAUUCAGCACCGCUCAUCUGGGAUUUUUCGUUUUGGGAAGGCUAUUGCCUCGGCAUUUAAUCCCUUCGGUGGAUGGGGCAGAAACUCUGAGGGAUCGCCGAAUAAGUCACCGCAGAAGGAUGUCAUCAGCCAGGCGGAGAAGGCCUAUGCGGAAUUAAAGAAGGCUGGCUACCAGGGAACCAAUAAGGGUCAUUACACUGAGGAUCUUGGUGUCAACACUGCUCUCGCCGACCAGACUUGGCGGUCGAUCCAGCACAAGAUGGAAUACAGCUCUCCAGUCAAAGACCCGUAUCACCACCCAAUUGAAGAAAACCGUGGUGCGCCAUCACGUUCUGAGUCUUCAGCUUCCAAACGCUCCUCCCUUCAAGAUCUUCGCCUGACGAAGUCAUUCUUCAAAUCCCCAUCUGCUUCCCCGGCAGUGUAUUGCGAUAGAACUUCCGAUGAAUACGAGCCGACUGGACUGCGCAAGCAACCCUCCCGCAGGGAACUCUCGCGCCAAACCAAGCUGCUCAAGAAAGUUAGCAACCUCGAGGAGAAACUGCAACGUGCCCGGCGGGAGCUUCGUGAACUCACAGGCAACGAGGAGCGGGCCCCAGUACCUACAGCCCAAGCAAAUAUUCCCAAUGCCGAGAUGGAUCCCGCAUUGUUCCCAAGGAAGUUCGUCCCUGGUGCCCUUCCCUCUCUACCGUCUGAAAGGCUUCUGGAUCAACAAGCCGCAGAAAACAAGGCGUCUGGAUCUGAAGCGGCCAAUCUGACGGCCCUGUCAUCCAUUGAAGACCGUGAAAAUUUCUCCUUCGAAGAACCAAGAUCCCCUCAAAGCCCGGCUAAAGCUCAAAGUCCAAAAUGGCGCUCAAAAGGGACACAGCCGGCGUCAAUGGUGGGAGCCCUCCUCAGCCCUUGCCACGAGCAACAUCAAAAGCCCACAACCCCUAUCCGCAUGAAGAAGAGUCAGCCCAGUCUGCGCCCGGUAUCUUCGCCUGCCGCUGUCUCGGACGACGAUUCCCGCUCCACCAUCUGGUCUACGCCUCUUCCUGCUCCGCCAAGUGACUCCCACCGUGAAGCCUUCUAUCACCACCCACAACGCCAGCUCAACCCUGAUCGUAGCCCUCACACCCCGACGCGGUCGAAGACAAGUCCUAGUCGGAGACGAUCUGGAUAUCCCCGUGACGAUGAUAUUCCUCCCGUACCGCCCCUCCCUGAAGAACUUCGCUCGAGUGCUGCCAAAGUCAAAGUCAAAGUGAAUAAGCCAGCCAAAAAGAGACCUGUGUCUGCCCCUGUGUUUUCUACGUCACCUUCUACUGUGGGUUCUAUGAUUUCUGGCCUUGAGGAUUACCAAUGGCCCGAUGAUAUCUUCUAA